AUGCAAACAGAUGUACAUCGCAUACGCUGCAGCAGGCGGCAUCGCGAAGAUGUUUGCAGACUCGGAGGAGAGAGCGAAACGAGACGCCGCGUAGAAGAAGUUGAAGAGUUCGUUAUUAAGAUUUCCCAUCGAAAACUCUUGGGAACGGAAGAAGAAGAAGAAAAAGGGAAAGAAGAAAACGACAAAGAGGAUGAGUUUGCAAUCGACCCGUACUUCUUUGACGAUGGAUAUUCCGUCGCCGCAACGACUGGUUUUGCUAGAGUUUGGGAAGGAGCGAGCGUUUUCACAGAUUUUCUGGUACAGGAGUGUCCCAACCUGACUUUGCGAAAGAAUGUCGUGGAGCUUGGAAGUGGUGUUGGAUUGUGUGGAGUAGCAGUUGCAAUCGCUAAUGAAGCGAACGUCACUCUCACCGAUCUCCCAUCCGUUGUUGAGGGUGUUUUAAGGCAAAAUAUUACUCAAAACAGUACUUCUCUCACAGAAAAUGGUUGGCAUCGCGUUAUCGGCCCACAAGGUGGCUUGGCUCGAGCGGUCGCCUUGAACUGGGAGAAACCCAUGGAUUGCCAUCAUUUGACUGCGUCAGAAAAGUAUAUAGAUGCUGUUGAUGUCAUAAUUGCGGCAGAAUGUAUUUGGCUCGCCGACUUAUUGGAUUGUUUCUGCGAAACGUUGAACAUUUUGUUUGAACGCGAGAAAAAAUUGCGCAGUCGAACGCCGCAGUGCUUCAUUUGUUGCCGCGACCGAAGUAGAAAAGAUUCAAAAGUGAAAAUUUUCGCCAGCGAAGAGAUGGUAGAAGCAGCGUUCAGUAGACACGCGUUAGCGUUCGACGUCAUGCGAGAAUUUCCAAGUACAAUUGAGCAGAAUAGAUGCGUAAAAAUUUAUUCAUUAUCGAAGAAAUAA